ACGUCACUUCCGGGUAGGGCGGGGCACGGUGCCGCCAUGGCGCUGUCGCGCGCGGAGCGCUGCCUGGCGCUGCUGCUGCGGCUGCUGUCUCGCGCCUGCCUGGCGCUGCUCGCGCUGCUGCCGCCGCCGCGCCCCGUGCCCGGCCCCGCGCGCGCCGCCCCGCCCCGCUCCGUCCCGCCGCCCCGGCACCGGCUGCUGCUGCUGUCCGCCCGGCGCCUGGCGGAGCUGCUCCGCGCGCGGCAGGUGACGUGCAUCGAGGUGGUGGAGGCGUACGUGGAGAGGAUCAAGGAGGUGAACCCGCUGAUCAAUGCCGUGGUGAAGGACAGGUUCGAGGAGGCGCUGCAGGAGGCCCGGCAGGUGGAUCAGCUGCUCUCGGAGGGCCCUGGCGAUGACAGCCUGGAGGAGAAGUUCCCCUUGCUGGGGGUGCCCAUCACCGUUAAGGAGGCCUUUUCUCUCUACGGGAUGCCCAACACCUCUGGCCUGGUGAACCGGCGCAACGUGGUCGCCGCCUCGGACGCCACGGUGGUGUCGCGGCUGAAGCAGGCGGGCGCCAUCCCGCUGGGCGUCACCAACUGCAGCGAGCUCUGCAUGUGGUACGAGUCCAGCAACCGGGUCUACGGGCGCACCAACAACCCCUACGACCUGCAGAGGAUCGUGGGCGGCAGCUCAGGUGGGGAGGGCUGUGUCCUGGCAGCUGCCUGCUCAGUCGUAGGAGUGGGCUCUGACAUCGGCGGCAGCAUCCGCAUGCCUGCCUUUUUCAAUGGAGUCUUUGGCCAUAAACCCACGACAGGGGUGGUGCCCAACGAUGGCCAGUUCCCCAACGCCGUGGGGGUGCGCAGCAGCUACCUGUGCACGGGGCCCAUGUGCCGCUACGCCGAGGACCUGGAGCCCGUGCUGAGGGUCAUGGCCGGGCCUGGCGUCAGCAAGCUGAAACUGAAUGAGAAAGUGUCGCUGGAGAAAAUCAAAUUCCACUGCAUGGACCAUGAUGGCGGCUCCAUUUUUGUAUCACCUGUAGACAAGGAGAUCUUGCAGGCCCAAAAGAAGGUGGUGGAGCACCUCGAAAGUGACCUUGGGGUCCAGGUUCAGCGUGUGUCAAUCCACAAGAUGAAGUAUUCUUUCCAGAUCUGGUCAGCCAUGAUGUCAUCCAAGGACAGCGAGGGCCAGGUGUGUCAGAGUGAGUUGACAAAGCCAUCCUGCCUUGCUCUUUGCCCCAUGCUGUGUCUUCUGACUUGUAGGCUGGGAUUAACACCCUUUGGAAUGCCAGGACAGGAGGCACAAAGAUUCACAGACCUGCUGGGGGACCACGGGAAGCCAGUGUGGCCGCUGUGGGAGCUGAUCAAGUGGCUCGUGGGGAUGUCUUCUCACACCCUCCCAGCUAUUGCCCUGGGACUGACAGAGAAGCUGGUGAACCUGAACCUUAGUGGGAAGGCCAAGCUGGUGAGCAUGGGGAAGAGCCUGCAGGAGGAGAUGGAGGCGCUGCUGGGGCCAGACGGGGUGCUGCUCUACCCCUCCCACCCCACCAUCGCCCCCAAGCACCACUCCCCCAUCUGCAUGCCCUUCAAUUUUGCCUACACAGCCAUCUUCAACGUGCUGGGGCUGCCAGUGACACAGUGCCCGCUGGGGCUGGGCAGCGAGGGGCUGCCCCUGGGCAUCCAGCUGGUGGCAGCUGCCCACAACGACCACCUGACGCUGGCAGUGGCCCGCUACCUGGAGAGAGCCUUUGGAGGAUGGGUUUUACCAGGGAAGGUUUAACCCUGGCAGGCAGGCACAGAGGCAUUGACAGGUGCUGAUCCCAUCUGGCACUGCCUGCUCCCUCUGCCACCCCUGCGCCCUGCUGGGAGUGGCUGGAGUUGCCUCCAGCCCAGGAACAGCUUGGCCAGUGCCACUGGAGUCCUCAUCCCUGUGGCACCCUCUGUCAGGGGGAGACCUGCCUUUCCAAGCCCCUCAGGAGCUCCAGUGCCACAGUGUGAGGGUGUGCUGCCUGCAUCCUGCCUGCAGUGGGCACACACCUACUUUUCCAGACAUGGAGUUGGCCAGCUCUGUACCUUUCUUCCAAUAUGCUGGGCAAGAGCUGAGCAGGGGAAGUGCUUCCAGACUGCUGGGGGCAGCUGUGCAGCACCCCCCAGGGCUGCCUGACCCUGCCCACAGGGCUGGACUGCCUGCUGCACCCAGUCUUGCACCGUCCUCCCACGCUCCUGUGGCUUCCCCACACCCUGUGACCAGCAAGGCAGAGGGCUGAGGGGGCUGAGGAGCUGUAGCCUCAGCAGCAGCACUCUGUGGGGUGGAGGGUGCUGGGCUCUGCAGUGUGCAGCUGUCAGGCACAUGACAUGUUGGGAGCAAUUCAGCCCUGGUUAAAGCAUCUCCUGUUUGUCUUCUCUUCCUCUCUGGGGGUCAUCCUGCCUGUGGUGUCCCCAGUGCCUGUCCUGCUGAGCUGCCUGGGCACUGCCCAGCAGCAUGUGGGCAGCAGUGUGAGGCGUUUGUCUGAGCAGGCAGCAAGCACAAGGUGUUCUCCUUGAGGGAGCUAUUAAAGAGCCUGUUCAGUGAA